GGGUUUCUUCUCCCCAGUCCCUGGCUUUCUGUGUCGUGCCCCAAACGUCAACAUGGUGGCAUCUGGCAGGCCUUCUUCCAGAAAAAACACAGAGGUGAACGUUCCAGAAGGCAUUGAGAAAUUCUGCUCCCAACAGGAAGAAAACAAACUAAAUUUCAGAGCCAGCAAAAAUAGACUUCUUAUGAGUCAGGUGGCCUACUUCCUGAACUACCGGGAGAAGACACACAAAGAUCGAAAAGAGCAUGAUCAAGAACAGAAAUGCAGAGACAGCAAAAAUAAACUUCUUAUGAGUCAAGUGGCCUACUACCUGGGCUGCCGGCUGAAGACGGAAGUCCGUGGCUUUCUGUGUUCAGCCCCAAACAUCAGCAAGGUGGCAUCUGGCAGGCCUCCUUCCAGAAAAAACACAGAGGUGAACAUUCCAGAAGGCAUUGAGAAAUCCUGCUCCCAGCAGGAAGAUAACAAACUGAAUGUCCGAGUCAGCAAAAAUAGAUGUCCUAUGAGUCAGGUGAACUACUCCCUGAACUACUGGCUGAAGACAUACAGUAAGUUCUAUAGAUUCACCUCCAGAAAAUUGAUGAACAAUGUCCUGUCUUGUCUCGAGAAACUAACCGCUCUCUUCAUCAAAAUUAAUUUCAUCUUUCCCAUACUUGUAGAAAAUAGAAAUGGGUAUUUUAACACUUUGGUAAAGAUGGAAGACAGAGGCCAAAGUGUUUAGCAACUUUUCCACGUCUGCAGUAAGGUGGGUGUGGACGGGGGUUACAAUCCCAGCUAUUGAUUUCUGACACAGAACCACCUGUUUUUUUCAACAAGAGGCUAAACCCAUGUUUGCAGAAAUCCUC